AACAAUCGUGUUUCAACUCCUUGUAUACCACAUCCAAUUACCCCUUCCCACCCACCCAAACAAUCAUCGGAACCUGCAUUUCAUAUCCUCCUCCACCUGCCUAUCUUUUUCAAUUGCUGCUCUAAGUCCUGUUCUAUCCCACUUUAACGAGAUACACUUUUUUUAAAACUCCAUUCCCGUGUUCUCGCUCUUGGAGGGAUUGCAACUGUCUGAUCAAAACAAAAUCGAUGACUUCCGCUUUGAAAGAUAAGAUCAAGUGACUGCAACGAGUCUCUGCAGCAUGGGAAGGCGUCCACCCUCUUGCGUUGUUCGUUGAUCGACAGCAAAACUUUAUCGCUUCCUGAAGCUCUGGGAGUUCACGCACUUCUGCGCACCCUUAUAUACACCAUCCAUCCACUAAUUCCACAAUGGGAGGCCUCUUCACUUUAUAUUCAAUCAUAUUCCACCAACUUACGUUACUUCCUGCGCCUCCUGCCGGACACACCAGCUUUCUUGCAACAUACUUGGGCUUUUAUUUUAUAUCUUAUCUUUCAGUCGUUCAAAAGCAUAAAGUAGCCUCUUCUUGUUUACCCUGCAUCUGUUUGUCGUGUUGUAAUUUGUUGCUCUGA